CAUUGCCCGCGCAGUUUUCUUUUUGUUGAUAUCGGGAGCAGACCAAGCGGCAGUGGCGGUGCGAAACACAACGAGAGAAAUCUGGAAUAUCUGGAAAUAUAUAAAUUUUACAGUAAAUAAUUAAUUUUUUUGAACCUAAUUGCACAACUGCACAAUGCCCCGUGCUAAGGCCGUAAAAAAAGAAACAGUGGCGAUUGUAGUUGAACCUUCUGACACCACUCCAAAUGGCAAUGAAAGCGCCGCUGACGAAAACCCCGCUGCAAACUCUGCCUCUGUGGCCGAAGGAGCCAAAGUUCCGUCGAGAGGAAAGCCCCGCGUGAAAAAAGCCAUCAAGACCACUAUAGCUGUGGAAAACUCCGGGGAAAUUGAGGCGGAAGAGGCCACUGCAGCUGCACGUGGGAAGAAGAAGAAGCAGCCGAAGGAUACAGAAGAAAACGGCGAGAGCAAGGUGGUGGCUAAGCCAAAAGGACGCGCCAAGAAGGCGGCUGCAGAAGCCGAUCAACCGUCUGUAAAGGCAUCCAAGCCUCGGGCCAAAAAGGAGCUCACUCCUGCGUCAGAGGAAGAGGCCCAGGCACCCCGCAAAGGACGCAACAGGAUCGAUAAUGCGGCGGCUAUCCAGGAACCAAAGGCCAGAGCACGAAAGCGAAAGGAGAUGUCGGCAGAAGCCAAUAAUGUGUUAGAAGAAGCGGCGGAGCCACCAAAACGGCGCGUGAAAAAAGAUGCAGUACCAGAAGAACUAGAGCCGGCACCCAAGACGAAGGCUCAUAAAGGUGAGACAACUGCUAAGCGGGCCCGCGGAACCAAGCGACUUGCGGAUUCGGAGAUUGCCGCCGCUCUUGAGGAAGCUGACGUGAAUGAAGAGCCUCCAAGGGCUGCAAGCAAGCUAUCCAAGAAAGAAAAAACGGUAGAGGUGACAUCCGAGACUGUGGGAGAUUCCGAAAUAGUAAAAGAAGUGGAGGAAAAGAAGCCAAAGGCAGCAGUAAGAAAACGAACCCAAAAAUCCAAAGGAGAAGAACCUGCAGAAGACAAUGAAACGAAGGUCGAUGCCAAGUCAAACAAGCAGCGCCCCAAGAAAGAGGUCAAGGAAGACUUGAAGGGUCCUAUGAGAAAGCGUGGCAGGGCGGCAUCAGCCGAUAAGGAAAACGGACUGACUAAAGAAUCUGAACCUUCGACUGAAACCAAAGCAGCUCGAGGUCGGAAAGGGGUUACCGUAAAGACGGAUGAUGUUGAGAAGGAAGAAACUAAGCCAGUUCGUAGUCGAAAAAAAGCAAUCAAGGCUAACGUUCCGAUAAAUGAUGCUGAGGAGGCUACCUCGAAAAGUAUGUUGGCGGAGCAAUCCGGCUGCGGUGGAGCUGCCUUAUUUAAAAGCUUGCAAAACAUGCUUAAUUUUUGUUUUCCAGCAACAAAGACAGCCAAGAAGGCCGAUGUCAAACCUAUAGUAAAGUUAGAUAAAAACGCAUUCGCCUUACCAGCCGAAAAAGUAUUUAACUUGAAAAUCUGCAGCUGGAAUGUGGCCGGUCUGAGGGCAUGGUUAAAAAAGGAUGGUCUUCAGUUGGUUGACCUCGAGGAACCCGACAUUUUUUGCCUGCAGGAAACCAAAUGUGCGAACGAUCAGCUUCCGGAGGAGGUGACCCGACUGCCGGGAUAUCAUCCAUACUGGCUGUGCAUGCCAGGUGGCUACGCCGGCGUCGCCAUUUACAGUAAGAUUAUGCCUAUAAACGUGGAAUACGGAAUUGGUAAUGAGGAGUUCGAUGAUGUCGGUCGCAUGAUUACGGCAGAGUACGAGAAGUUUUACUUGAUCAAUGUGUACGUGCCGAACUCGGGUCGAAAGCUAGUUAACCUGGAACCGCGAAUGCGCUGGGAGAAGCUUUUCCAGGAUUAUGUGCAGAAACUAGACGUUUUGAAGCCGGUGGUUAUAUGCGGCGAUAUGAAUGUGUCCCAUAUGCCCAUUGAUCUGGAAAACCCGAAGAACAACACGAAGAAUGCCGGCUUCACCCAGGAGGAGCGUGAUAAAAUGACAGAGCUGCUAGGGCUCGGUUUUGUGGAUACCUUUAGACAUCUUUACCCCGAUCGGAAAGGUGCGUACACCUUCUGGACUUACAUGGCUAAUGCACGGGCUCGAAAUGUGGGCUGGCGUCUCGACUAUUGUUUAAUCUCGGAGAGAUUUUUACCAAAGUUAGUAGAGCACGAGAUUCGCUCGCAAUGCACUGGAAGCGACCACUGUCCUAUUACUAUAUUCUUCAAUUUUUAGACGUACACUAUAUGUUUUUGUUCGUGUACUUUAUUCUUCAUAAUUAUUCUGUUUUCCGUAACAUUUGAUUUUUACUAUAUUUAUUCAUCCACUAUUGUACAAUUUGUACGAUACGAUAUAAAUUACUAUUACAUUCUGUUGUAGAUCGACCAUCCGAAAUGGUAUUUUUGAAUAAAGUAAGUUACUCAA